UAACGGAAGCCCUUGGAUCGAUAUUGAGUCCAACGUGUGUCCUCGACGAAGAAGUAUCGCCAACUAAACGAAAAGAAACGGAGGACGUCGCGUGCAAGGCAAGGUCGCUAGCUCUCACGAGUCCAGAAUGUGAAACCGGCCUGAGAACGAGAGAAUGAGAGCGCUAACAAUAUCUACCCGAACGCGCUCUGAAGAGGAUGAAGAUUGAAGAAGGUCGAGAAAUGACCAUCGAAAUGUAAAUUUGUAACGAGUAUCGAGCAGCGAGAUAACACGCGGACAGGACGAACCGAGGACCGAGCAGCAGGAUCGCCGGUAGAAUUUAUGAGAGCCGUAGUAUCGAGAUGAAAUGUUGCGAGGUGGGGAGAUUGCAUAAAAGUUAACGUAUCACGCUGACGGAGGUUAGUCCGUGGCUGGGAGGCGGUUGCCGUUACAAGUCACAAGUCGUAGUCGCGGAAAGGACGUGGAGAGCCUGUGAAAGUACCUCCGCUAAGACGAAAUUGUCUCCUUCUGAGCACAAGAGAACACUAUACGGGUCGACAUGCUGCGCCUACUUUUGACAGUAGCGGUCGUAGCUUUGGUUAUAACAGCCACUCCAACGAGUAAGGAGCCUACCGAAGCCAGUCCUGUUGCAACAAAUCCUACGGAAGAUUCACAGUCUACUGACGUUUUGAAAAAUGCGAAGUCUGUCCUAAAACGUCUCGACGCGGAGUUAGGGAAAUGGUACAACAAGCAAAGCAUUGCAGAAUGGAAUUAUGCCUCAAACUUGACGAAGGAGAACUUGGCGGAGAAGCUGAACAUGUCCGUGAUGGUGACCACCGCUUUGAAACACAUAUCUCAGGAAGCUAAUAAUUUUCCAUGGGAAGAUUUAAAAGACGAGGAUAUUAAGAGGCAGUUUAAGAAACUCAGUGUCGUCGGCAAUGCGAUGCUUUCUGAAGAGGUGCAGAAGGAGUUUGAUGAGACGAUCAGCACGAUGCAGAACAUCUUUAGUACCGCGAAGAUCUGCGACUACGUAAAUCGGACGAAAUGCGAUAUCGCGCUUGAGCCAGAGAUCACUGAAAUUUUCAUGCGUAGCCGUGAUCCUAAGGAGCUAGAGUACAUCUGGGUGGAGUGGAGGAAGGCGUCGGGUGAGAAAGUGAAGUCUCUGUACAUCAAGUAUGUCGAGAUGGCCAAUAACAUCGCGAGGCUCUACAACUAUCCUGAUUAUGCCGCGUACUGGAUGAGAGACUACGAGACCGAUAAUUUCCCCGAGCAGAUCGAGACUCUAUGGCAACAGUUGAAGCCGCUGUACCUGCAGUUGCACGCUUAUGUGCGACGUGAGCUCAGGGAGAAGUACGGCGAAGACCUUGUCUCCAAGGACGGACCGAUCCCGGCACAUCUCUUGGGCAACGUAUGGGCCCAGUCUUGGUCGAAUAUCGCGGACUUCACCAUACCUUUUCCGGGCAAGCAAUUACCGGAUGUGAGCUCCUCUCUGGUGAAACAAGGUUACAACGCGACGAGCAUCUUUCGCCUCGCCGAAGACUUCUUCAAGUCGAUCAACUUGACCGCCAUGCCGGACUCAUUUUGGGAGAAAUCGAUUUUAACGAAGAUAGAGGAUGUAGAUAUGAUCUGUCACGCAAGCGCAUGGGACUUUUACGACGGCAAAGACUUUAGGAUCAAGCAAUGUACGCGCAUCAACAUGGAGGAUAUGUUCACAGCUCAUCAUGAAAUGGGUCACGUCGAGUACUUCUUGCAAUACAAGGACCAACCGACUAUUUACAAGCAGGGUGCGAAUCCUGGCUUCCAUGAAGCAGUCGGUGAUGUUAUCGCUCUUAGUGUAUCCACUCCCAGUCAUCUCAAGAACAUUGGUCUACUCCAAGAUGAUUCGACUGACCCAGAAGCGAUGUUGAAUAAUCUCUAUGUAAAGAGUCUUGAAAAGAUCGUUUUUCUACCGUUUUCUUACAUGUUGGAUCGAUGGCGCUGGAACGUAUUCCAAGGAAAGGUUACAUCUGACAAUUAUAACUGCAACUGGUGGUCUCUCGCAGAGGAGUACCAAGGCAUAGAGCCUCCGGUAGACAGGUCUGAGGAAGAUUUCGAUCCCGGCGCGAAAUACCACGUGGUCGCGGAUGUGGAAUAUAUCAGGUACUUCGUGAGCUUCGUGAUACAAUUCCAGUUUCACAAGGCGUUGUGUACCGAGGCGAAGCAAUACGAUCCGAAGAAUCCGGAGGCUCAUCUGUUACAUCAGUGUGAUAUUUAUAACAAUAAGGAUGCGGGAAAUCUUCUGAAGUCUAUGUUGGAGAUGGGUUCUUCGAAACCAUGGCCAGACGCGAUGGAGAAGAUUACGAAGCAACGGGAUAUGGACUCGGCCGGACUGUUAGAAUAUUUCAAACCGUUGAUCAAUUGGCUAACAGAAGAAAAUAAGAAAACCAAUGAAUAUAUCGGAUGGAAACCCAGUAAUAGAAAAUGCGUACAAACCAGAGGAGAGCUUCGAGUUAUCUCGUGAUAAUAUUCUACACGGCACAGAAAUAUAUAUUCAAGCAUCUGGAAAAUAGCUUCAUUUUAAUUUGUCCAAAAAAUUUGAAAAUGGUGAUAAAAAUUAUUUUACAAUCAUAGACAUUCCGUCAGGUAUAAAUCAUGACACGAACGA